GUCGUGAGGGGAGGAGAGAAGACCCGCCUGAGGCAGCGAGUCAUGUCGGGCACCCGGGCGGCCACGGCGGCGGCGGCAGCAGCCGCCAACGCCCGCGCCCCUCACCCGGCUGCGGCCGCCGGGGGGCUGAAGCGGUUGCGGAGCGAGCCCGGCGGCAACCGUGUGACGGUGGUCCUGGGCGCGCAGUGGGGGGACGAGGGCAAAGGCAAGGUGGUGGAUCUGCUGGCCACCGAGGCCGACAUCGUCUGCAGGUGCCAGGGGGGAAAUAACGCGGGCCAUACAGUGGUGGUGGAUGGAAAAGAAUACGAUUUUCACCUUUUCCCCAGUGGCAUCAUCAAUCCCAAAGCAAUUUCUUUCAUUGGUAACGGGGUAGUUAUACAUUUACCGGGCUUGUUCGAAGAAGCUGAAAAAAAUGAGAAAAAAGGUUUAAGAGACUGGGAGAAAAGACUGAUCAUAUCAGACAGAGCACAUAUUGUGUUUGAUUUUCACCAGGCAGUUGAUGGACUUCAAGAAGUUCAGCGGCAAGCCCAAGAGGGGAAAAAUAUCGGCACAACAAAGAAAGGAAUCGGACCAACCUAUUCUUCCAAAGCUGCGCGGACAGGCCUUCGGGUCUGCGACCUUCUCUCAGACUUCGAUGAAUUUUCUUCAAGGUUCAAGAAUCUGGCUCACCAGUACAAGUCAAUGUUUCCUUCUUUAGAAGUUGACACAGAGGGACAGCUGCGGAAACUAAAGGGCUACGGUGAGAAAAUAAGGCCCAUGGUCCGAGAUGGUAUUUAUUUUAUGUAUGAAGCCCUGCACGGCUCCCCAAAGAAAAUCCUCGUGGAAGGGGCCAACGCAGCUCUGCUUGACAUCGAUUUUGGGACGUACCCUUUUGUGACCUCUUCCAACUGCACCGUGGGCGGCGUGUGCACCGGACUCGGUAUCCCUCCUCAGUAUAUCGGAGAGGUGUAUGGCGUAGUGAAGGCCUACACUACGACGAGAGUGGGCAUUGGAGCCUUCCCCACUGAACAGAUAAAUGAAAUUGGAGACCUCCUACAGUCUCGAGGCCACGAGUGGGGAGUGACCACAGGCAGGAAGAGGCGCUGUGGCUGGCUAGACCUGAUCAUUUUGAGAUACGCUCAUAUGAUCAACGGAUUCACCGCUCUGGCAUUAACCAAGCUGGAUAUCCUGGAUGCCCUCGACGAGAUCAAAGUCGGUGUCGCUUACAAGCUGGGAGGGAAAAGGAUUCCGUAUUUCCCAGCUAACCAAGAAAUACUGCAGAAAGUGGAGGUGGAGUAUGAAACGAUGCCAGGCUGGAAGAUGGACACGACGAAUGCCAGGAAAUGGGAGGAACUCCCACCGAAAGCACAGAACUACAUUCGGUUUGUGGAAAACCACGUUGGAGUGGCAGUGAAAUGGGUCGGAGUUGGAAAAUCAAGGGAAUCGAUGAUCCAGCUCUUCUAAAUGAACAAAGAACUUUGAUGAGAAGCAGUUUUUAGCAUUCAUCUGCUCCUGACUUCCGAGCAGAGAUGAAGAGGCUGUUAAAACUGAAGCAUUAUUCUUAGGUUUUGGCUAGAUGUCUCUUGUAUUUUCAAGUAGGUAUAUGUAUUUAAAAAAAACAGAAACACAAAGUAGGAACAGGACAGAUCUUGGGAUGGGGGGAGAAUUCAGGGUCACCUUUGAAACGAAGUUUAAACCGCAUGUGGAAUUAUUUUUCCUAGCUGCUGCUAAACACUUGAGAUUUAUGCCAGACUGUAGAUGCCAGUUAAGGGAGACGGGCUGCUAUUCCUGUGCUAGGAAGCCAUUGAAAUGGCAGCAUAAGAUGUUUGCUGCAUUUAACAUUAGGCUGGUUAUGCAGCUCCUUUUUGAAAACCUAGCCAAAGUGGCGUAGUCCCUUCCAUGUCUACCAGUCAAAGCACAGGAAACAUCACCUUGGAAACUCUAUCCUUUGUAGUAAGCAACUGCCCAGAUAUAAAUGGGAGAGGAGCAAAGGAGAUGGUCCAUACCGUGAAGGAAGCCAGUUCUCUGCAGUGGAUCGAGCUGGAGACACGCGACCAGCUUUGGGCUGAAGAGUCCCCACCUCCCCAAUAGUCACCUACUCUCCUUUAGAGGUGCUGUGCUCUUGCCUGUCGUGUACCAGGUGGGAGAUCAAAGGAACCUUGGCCAGGUUGGAAGGUUCUACAAAACAAGAGACAGGGAUGUGGCCAUAGCGACACCACACCCGCUCGUUUAGUGCCUGGUCUGAGCGCGAUGUCCUGCAGACCGUGAGCGGCUUGGGUGUUGUGCGUGGGCGGCAGCGGUUAUUACCGCUGCAGUCUCAGUUGCUUUGCAGAAUAUUAAAGAGUAGUGUUAGGGCUACUCAACUGACACUAUCCAAUACAGGCCUGUAGUAGCUCCCCACCCCCCCACCCCGGUGAUGCUCUGUCGAUAUUAAGUUACAAGAAGCUGUGAUGAUAUUUGGAGCAGAGGCCAACCCUUUACAAUAGCAGGGGUAACCUGACAUGCCAGAGCGAGGCCCAAGGAGAGGCACAAGUCGUUGAUCCGGACCAGCAGACCUCCGUGAGCGUGCGUGAUUUCGGUAUGAACAUUUGUGUGGAAACAGCAGCCUAAUAGCCCAGACUCGCCUGCUCUCAUCAGCAGUGUUCCCUCUAAGCUGAGUUAGUGUGAGCCAGCUCACAGUUUUUUUAACCUCCGGCUC